GCACCGAGUUACCACGGUCCAGACACCCUCCCCUGCGCGCUCCUCGCACGCCGUGCCCAAAGCCCGGGAGUGCCUCGCCCCGAAAGCCAAGGAACCCCUUGCCAGUGCCAUCUCUCGCAGGAUCUUCUGUGUCCCUCGCGUGUCCUCUGAAGGCGGUGUUCGUGCUCUGGGAUUUACCACUCGUGCUUCUGUCGUGUUGGAUCCUCAUGGUGAAUUUUACGUUCAAGUGAUCGGUGUCGGGAGAUGUAAACAGUGCCAUCGGAGUGUCACCCGCCGCUGCCUUUAUAUAUAUAAAAAAACAAAGGCCAUUUAAGCGUCGCUGACAUAGUGUGCCUUCCAGUGCCAUUGCCAAGGAUUACCUUACACGUGGAAUAUUGCCUCUGUGGUGUGUCUAGCAGCCUGUGAUGUGAUCCCUGCCCCGGUGCUAAGUUACCUCUGUCCAUUCUCAGUGAGUGCAUUCUGAUGGAAAAAGUAAUGGCUAGUAUACUUGCCAACUCGUUCCCGUUAUUGUCGCCAUAGUGGAUGCUAAGGAGCGACUUUGUGAGUGCCGUGUGGUGUCAGUGCUGUGCCCCUCCUCCCCCCACCCCCCUCUCUCCCCUCUCGACGUCCUCCUCGUCGCCUGCACUUUGGAGUUUUAUCUCUCGAGUCUUCCACCACAACGCCAAGAUGAGCACUGAGAUCUCAGACUUCCAAGACAUGUGGCAUGACAUCGAGACGGUGCUGUUGGGCAACGCGUCCAGCCCGGACCCGGAGCCGCUGCCCGCCGUCGUCGUCACGUCGGACGCCAUGACCACGCCCACAUCCACGUCGUCGUCGCCGCCCUCGACCGCGAUGUAUAGCGCCCCGUCGCUUCCCCAGACGCCCUCGAUACUGUCCCAGGCCCUGACGGCCCCGCUGACGCCGCGCCUCCACUCCCUGCAGUACGCGCCCUACUGCCCGCCGCCGCCGCCGUCAGAGGCCCUCCUCACGAACCUCAGCGGCGGCGGAGACGAGAGCCAGGGCGGCUACCACGUCCCCAGCGACGACAACCAGCACUACCGCGGGGUGUCGCCGGCCACGACGCCCAUGGACACGUCCUACCCCGGCCAGUACGCCUCGCCCUACCACGCCUACGUCGAGGGCCUGGAGGUGGACGCGUACGUGACGGAGGAGCUGGGCGCGCCGCAGUACGCCGCCAGCGUCAUGGACGCGUCCGGCCUGGUGCAGGCGGAGGACUUCGUGGACCUGGACGCCCUGGCCAAGAGCGCCGCCGAGGGUCACUACUGCGGCGACCCCCCGCCCCCCGCGCAGCCGCCGCGACCCGAGGCGCAGGAGCAGUUCCAGUUCGCGCCCCCGGAGGCCCCCUCCAAGCUGCCCUCCAUCGCCACGCUGCAGCCCCGCGGCCACGCCCUCGCCUUCAACACGUACGGCCCCGCGCUGCCGCCGCUCUCCGCCAUCACGGGCGCCCAGCAGCAGCAACAGCAGCAGCAACAGCAGCAACAACAACAGCAUCAACAACAGCAGCAGCAUCAACACCAACAACAGCAAAUUCAGCAGCAACAGCACCUGCAGCAGCAGCAACAGCAGCAGCAGUGCAUACAGCAGCCGCAGCCGCAGCCGCAGGGCGAGGGCAUGGUGCCCGCCCUGGCGCCCCAGCCGCCCACGUCCACCCCGCAGUCCCCCUCCGUCGCGGGGGUCACUCAGGUCACCUACACCCACGGCCAGAUGUCCCCCCCGGCGUCCCCCGACAACGAGGAGCUUCCCCCCGGGGUGAGGGUGUCUACGACGGGCGUGAGCCACGUGGGCAGCACCACGGCGCCCCUGACCACCCACGCCCUCACCCGCCAGACCCUCCACACGCUCGUCAAGGUCAUGACCCCGCCCUCGUCGCCGAACCUCUCCGAGCUCCUGUCGACGCCCGUGACCACGGCCGCGUCGUGUCACGCCCUCACGCUCACGGGCUCGGACCACCACCACCAGGCCGCCCGCGAGCCGCCCGCGCCCCCUCCGCCGGACGAGCAGGAGGGCAAAGUGGUGAAGAAGACGACGGGCCGCAAGAAGAUCACGGCCCACACGUGCCAGCACCCCGGCUGCCACAAGAUCUACACCAAGUCGUCGCACCUGAAGGCCCACCUGCGCACGCACACCGGCGAGAAGCCCUACAUGUGCAACUGGAAGGGCUGCGGCUGGAAGUUCGCCCGGAGCGACGAGCUGACGCGGCACCUGCGCAAGCACACGGGCGACAGACCCUUCCGCUGCCGCCUGUGCGAGAGGGCCUUUUCGCGCUCCGACCACCUCAGCCUGCACAUGAAACGGCACGAGAGCGUGUAGCCUGCUGGCGCCGCACACGCACACGCGCCCUCUGUACAUACAUACAGCCGGUGUACAAAGGCUGGAGGGGUAUAUAUAUUUUUUAUUUUCGUUUUUUUUUUCUUUUUUCACCUUGGUACCCCCCAGUCUGACCUAUGUUACCAGGUGAC